AUGGCGAGUCUACCGCAGGAGCUCUUGGAGCGGAUCGUGUCUUUCGCCGACCGUCAAACCAACGCAAAUCUUCUCACCGUGUCGCGCAAUUUCCAUGUCGCCGUCGAACGAGUCGAAUUUCCGAGGAGCAUUGAUGUCAAUUGCCACAACUUGGACAAACUACUGGAAUUGUAUCAUGGCCAUCGGCUAGCCCUGUUGCGGAAAGUGACGUUUGAAGUUUCCUUCCCCGAGCUCAAACAUUCUCCAGAAGCGCCUCUCGCGUGCCGAGAGAUACCAGAAGAACUGCAGACCAUGGACAAAGACUUCACAAGGCAGAUCAAGGCGCUCUUCACAGCCCUCGACACCCUCCAGGAAAGAGCCUCCUCCUCCUCUUCCGAAUCCCAGCUCCGCCGACUCUCGCUCGAAAUCCAAAUGGCGCGCCAAACCGACGACGGCAACAAGCCCUGCCAUCACCGCCGCUUCACCAGCUGGCGCCUACACCUGCUCGACCCCGAAACACUCCCAGCACUGCCCCUCGUGCACUCUUUCCGCUUCCAAGCCAAAUCCCACACCCACUACAGCCCCUUCGACCACCAGAUCCGCCCCGUCGACCUCUGCGCCAUCCUCGCCAUCAUCGCCAAACUCCCCAACCUCGAAGACCUCGACCUGCCCUACCUCUACGAGCGGCCCCCGCCGUGCCACUACGACGCCAUCUGCGACCACUACGACAAGCCCUGGCCCGGCCCGCUCCGCGACGCCCGCCACGACUUCGCCCGCCGCAUCUUAUCUUCCUCCCCCGCUUCCCCCUUCGCUCCUUCCGGUCUCCGCACCGCCCGCCUCCACUUCUUCGAAGUCCAGCAGCACGGCCCGAGCUUCGACCAGCGCUGUCGCCGUGGCGGGAAGUUGCUGCUGCCCGACCUCGUCCACCCGCUACCCUCCGACCCCCUCAGCGCUGCUCUGCGCCGCUUUUCCCAAGGCCUCGUCGAGCUCGACCUGCGUGCUACGGCUGACGAGACGCUGUUCUGGCCGGCGUCGACGUCACUCGCCGAAGGAGAAGCAGCAGAAGAAGAAGGAGAAGGAGGAGUAGGAGGAGAAGGAGGAGCUGGAGGAGCUGGAGGAGAAGGAGGAGGAGGAGCAUCAGGAGAAGGAGCAGAAAUGCCGUACUGGCCGCGCCUCAAAAGCAUGCGCGUCGAGCUCAACAUCGCGCGGCCGGACGGGUCAUACUGGUUCACCGGCCGCCAGAGCGACGACAGCAGCAGCAGCAACGAACGCGGUUACCCCGUCGACUCCUCCUCCUCCUCCUCCUCCUCCUCCUCCUCCUCCUUCUCGCAACACUACCCGCCAAUAGGCCCGGACGCAGCAGACGAAGAAUGGGACCGCGUCUGGAAUCGCGAAUGGGCGCCACGGACCGGCUGCGGCAUGAGCGGCAUGGAAAGCGUGCGUGAAUACGUUUUCCGCAUCGCGCCGGCGGCCGAACACGUCGAGCGCUUGCUGACGGCUUUCGCGCGGGCGGUGCGGCGGAUGCCGGUGCUGCGGGAGGCCCAGGUAUUCAGCGUGUUGACGAAUGAGGAGUGUCGGGACCGGGAGGAUGAGGAUACUGAUGAGUGGGAUAGUGAUAUUCUUGAUGUGUGUGAUGAUGAGUGGCAUAUUUUUGUGUGGGGGGUGAGGUAUGUGGUUGAUGAUGGUGGGGAGAGGAGGGUGGAGUGGAGGGUUGGUGAUGACGGGUGGAGGCCGGGGAGGAAGGUGUUGGAUGGGUUUGGGGAGGGGGUGAGGCAUGUUUGGCUGCCGACGAAGUAUGGUAUGAUGAGGAUGAUGGAUGGAAGGCUGGAUGUGUACUGA